AUGAUGCCCUCUUCCCCUGGCCGCAUGACGGCUUAUCCGCUCACGAAUGGCCAUUCGGCCUCGCUCCCACUUGAUAUUACACCCACAGUAGAGAACUCUACACCAGAGAUCCCCGGAACAUCCGACAGGCGCCACGACGUCACGCUCGAUUGUCCUUCCGACGAAGAUGCGCCUGGGGAGAUUCUUGACGAGAGAGAAGCCAUGGCUAUUGAGUCCAGCUCGUCCGAGGAUGAUGACGCCCUCGGGGAACCCGACGGCGACUAUGACUCGGAGACUCCACCACCUCAGCAAGAUGACAGCCGUCCAAGCAGUUCUUCGUCGCAGCAGUCACGUAGAUCCCUCAAGCGCAAGCUUAGCACCGAGGUUGAAGAAUAUAUCACGAAGAAUCCGGAGCUCUAUGGCCUUCGACGCAGCGUACGUGGUCCCAACAGUCCACUCGAAUCACGUCUGACCAUACCACAGGGCCGUGCUCGUCCGAACCGUCGUAUAGUUGAUGAUAGCGAUGAUGAAGACCAGUCCGCGUCCGAUGGUCGGCGCAAGCGACAACGGACAAACUCUAGAAAAGUCUCGAAUAUGCCUACCCCUGCCUACCAAUCGGUUGACUCGGACUCCUCCUCGGACGACUACGUUAAUGCGCGGCGGAACAUUCCUAGCAAAAAGCAGAAGCAGCGUCAAAUGCUGAUUGCCGCUGGUCACCUUCCACCGUCGCAAGCUGAGGUCCGUUUCUCCUCGCGUCGGACAAAGCAAGUCACCAAUUACAACGAGGAGGACGAUGAUGACUUCGAAGAAGACGAGGAUGAAGAUCUGACUCCGAAUUAUGCGUGGACCAUGGCUGCCGAAGACACCGGUCCAGUAAUUGACAAAGUUCUUGACCAUCGCCCGAAAGAGGGUCUUGAGCUCGAUCCCGCGUCCGUCGAGAAGACUGAUUUCGAAUACCUCAUUAAAUGGCAGAAUAAAGCUCACUACCAUUCCACGUGGGAAUCGUACGAGACUCUGUCGUCCUACAAGGGCGCUCGCAAACUUGACAAUUACUUCAAGGGUCCCGUGUUGAACGACAUGUACUACAUUCAGCGCAAGAAGAUAGAUCCAGAAGAAUAUGAACAGCAUAUGGUUGCGCGCGAAGCCGAGCGGCAGAGUCAAGCUGACUUCCACAUUGUCGAGCGCGUUAUCGGCACUCGCGACGGCGAGGAUGAGACCGAAUAUUAUGUCAAGUGGAAGGGCCUCACCUAUGAAUUCUGUACCUGGGAGAGCGCAUCCCUGGUCAGUAGCUUGGCACAAGGAGAAAUCGACCGUUACCUUGACCGAUCGUCGAAACUUCCGUCGUCUGACCGCAAGGAAAGCAAUCUGAACACCCGGCGCAAGUUUACGAAACUAGAUGAGCAGCCCGACUACAUCAAAUUUGGCAAGCUUCGAUCUUUCCAAUUGCAUGGGCUCAACUUCCUUGCGCACAACUGGUGCAAAGGCAACAAUGUCAUCCUUGCCGACGAAAUGGGUCUAGGAAAGACCGUCCAGACUGUCUCGUUCAUGAACUGGCUCCGCCAUGAUAGGCGACAAGAUGGCCCUUUCAUCUGCGUCGUACCUUUGUCCACCAUGCCAGCCUGGGCAGAUACCUUCAACAACUGGACUCCCGAUAUCAACUAUGUCAUCUACACAGGUCGGGAUGAGGCCCGCAAAAUCAUCCAGGAAUACGAGCUUCUGGUGGAUGGAAGGCCGGAUAAAGUCAAAUUCAACGUCCUCCUCACUACUUACGAGUACGUACUGGCUGAUUACCAGUUCCUGUCAAGUUUGAAAUGGCAAUUCUUGGCAGUGGACGAAGCCCAUCGUCUCAAGAACAGAGACUCCCAGCUCUACGAUCGCCUCCGGCAGUUUCAUGCACCUAGCCGUCUCCUCAUUACGGGCACUCCCAUUCAGAACACCCUUGGCGAGCUGUCUGCGCUCAUGGACUUCCUCAUGCCAGGUAAGAUUGUGGUGGACGACAACUUUGACCUUGCAUCGGAAGAUGCGAGCCGUAAGCUGGCAGAACUUAGCGAGGCUAUUCAGCCCUACAUGAUCCGGCGCACCAAGGAGAAGGUUGAGAACGACCUGCCUCCGAAGACGGAGAAGAUCCUUCGUGUUGAGCUGUCGGAUAUCCAGUUGGACUAUUACAAGAAUAUCUUGACGAGGAACUACGAAGCACUCAAUGAAGGUGGCCAAGGCCAGAAACAGUCUCUGCUGAAUAUCGUCAUGGAGCUGAAGAAAGCUAGUAACCAUGCGCUUCUGUUUCCAAACGCAGAGGCAAGAUUCCUUAAAGAGAAUGCCACCAAGGAAGAGACUCUGAAGACUCUGAUCACAACCAGCGGGAAGAUGAUGCUCCUCGAUCGCCUUCUCGCCAAGCUCAAAGCAGACGGCCAUCGUGUGUUGAUAUUCAGCCAAAUGGUCCACAUGCUUGAUAUAUUGAGCGACUACCUUCGCCUCCGAAACUAUCCGUUUCAACGCCUGGACGGCACGGUGCCGGCUCCCGAACGUAAGAUCGCCAUUGAUCACUUCAACGCCCCAGGAAGCGAGGACUUUGCCUUCUGUCUGUCAACGCGUGCAGGUGGCCUUGGUAUCAACUUGAUGACUGCUGACACUGUCGUCAUCUUCGACUCGGACUGGAACCCGCAGGCAGACCUGCAGGCAAUGGCGCGGGCUCAUCGUAUCGGCCAACAGAAACCUGUCACGGUCUACAGGCUGGUGUCCAAGGAUACGAUCGAAGAAGAGAUUCUUGAGCGAGCGCGCAACAAGCGCAUGCUCGAAUUCAUCACGAUUCAGCGUGGUGUCACCGACCGUCAACAAAAGGAGUUCAAUGACAAACUGAACCGUGCCGCGGGAGAGCCCAAUUCUGCGGACGACAUCAAUCAGAUCCUUAAACGCCGCGGCCAGAAGAUGUUCGAGCAGUCAGGAAAUCAGAAGAAACUAGAGGAGCUUGAUAUCGACUCCCUUCUUGCCAAUGCAGAGGAACAUAAGACCGAACAGGCCGCCGGGCUCACCUCUGAUGGCGGCGAGGAGUUCCUCAAGAACUUUGAGUAUACCGACGUCAAGAUCGAUCUCGAAUGGGACGAUAUCAUCCCCAAAGACGAACUUGAUGUUGUCAAGGCCGAGAUUCAGCACAGGAAGGAGGAAGAGGAGACGCAGCGUAUCCUAGCUGAGAAUGCUCCGCGGAAGCGCAAGGCCGCUCCGACGAGUGACCGGGAACAGCGUGCCGCCAAGAAGCGCGCCCGUGAAGCUACACGCCAGCUGGACGCAGACGGCGACGCCACUGAGGAUGGCUCGGAGUCCAGCGGUAAUGAUGACCCAAAGCGCCCUUUGACUACCAAGGAACUCCGCAGCCUUAUUCGCGCAUACGAGCGAUACGGAUCCCUCGAAGAACGUGGUGAUGACAUUGUUCGGGACGCGAAGCUUGUUGGGCGUGACAGGGAAGUUCUCAAGGCCACUCUAGACGAGGUGAUUGCCAAGAGUCGCGAACUCAUGAAGGAGGAGCUUGCACGGCGCAAGGCUCUUGAGGGCGACGGAGGCCGAGUCGUCACGAAGAAAGACAAGAAGACGGUUCUCUUCACCUUCAAGGACGUCAAAAACAUCAAUGCUGAGACGAUCCUCGACCGCCCCGUGGAGAUGAAGUUACUGAAGGAGGCGGUUGACGCUGCUCCUGACUGGCGCAGCUUUCGUGUUCCAGAUGCCACCAAGUAUGCUAAUUACACCUGUGCGUGGGGUGCCCGGGAGGAUGGCAUGCUCUGCGUGGGCAUUGCACGACACGGCUACGGUGCGUGGACUGCCAUUCGCGACGAUCCGGAACUAGGCAUGAGCGACAAGUUCUUCCUAGAGGAGCAUCGCGUCGACAAGAAGGAGGAGCGUAGCAAGGCCGAGGAGAAGAACGCAAAAUCCCCCGGUGCUGUCCAUCUCGUUCGGCGUGCCAACUAUCUCCUCACUCUCCUCAAAGCCAAGAUGGGCAGUGACCCCAACGCGAAGCGCCUCAUCGAGAACCACCACCGGAACAACAAGAAGCAUCAUCUGCAUGCUCACCGUCGUUCGGAGAAUGGUCUUAGCGUCUCCAGGAGCCCAGCUCCUAGUGCGCAGUCUCGCAAGGCAUCCUCCCGCGACACGGAGAGGCCUGGUCAUCGACCGCACGGGCAAGGCAAACACGGCGACCAGUAUCGACCGACUGAGGGUCACCGUAAGGAGCUUGGCCGCAACAACAAGUCCAACAUUGAGCGUCUCUCUCAACAGCUCGCUCGCUCUGGCACGCCCGAACUCCGACGUAACCCCAGCAUCGAGGCUGAGCGUCCCCGUCCAACGCACGGGCAGGGCGACAACAGUCAUAGAGCGAGCAUCGACUCCCCAUCGACGAAGCCUGUGGAGAAGAAAUCCGACGAUUAUGUGGAGCGCCGGAUGAAGCCUGUGCGUGACAACCUCGGGCGGUUGAGGAAGGCGAGCAUCAAGAACAUCCCGGACAAGGAGAAGAUGAUCAAGGUCCUCAAAGUGGAGCUCAUCGCCAUCGGAAACUUUAUCAGGGCCGAGACGCGGGAUAACAAAGAAUUGGAGGAUCGUCUUUGGACGAACACACUUAAGUACUGGCCAAGAUCUGGGGUAACGGUGGACCAAGUCAAGACCAUGUACAACAGGAUGCUCGGAUCCGAGAUGAACGGCAAGCAGGGAGUGAAGCAGUCCAAUGGACAGUCCACCAAGGCCAACGGUACCUGA